UGUUCAAUAGCUAUGCUGAAAAAGUAGGAGGACGAGUCGGCGCCAGGGAGUGAACUUUUCACCAAGACUUUUUCCUUUCAAUCCUCUGAUGUCCCCUUAGUGACAGGAGUACAUAGGCGUCGCGAUGGUGACGUCACGGCUGCGUUUCCGCCGUGUUAGUUAUGGAUAGAGAGGCGGCAACUUCGGAAGAGCGGAGGGCUGCGGCUGGAUCGAUGCUGAGGCUCGGCGGGCGUGGGCUCCUGCUGGGCCUGGCCGCGGCGGCGGCGGCGGUGAUGGCAGCGCGGCUGAUGGGCUGGUGGAGUCCCCGCGCUGGCCUUCGCCUUUUCAUCCCGGAGGAGCUGGCCCGCUACCGCGGCGGCCCUGGGGACCCGGGCCUCUACUUGGCGUUGCUCGGCCGCGUCUACGAUGUGUCCUCUGGCCGGAGGCACUACGAACCUGGGGCCCACUAUAGCGGCUUCGCAGGCCGAGACGCAUCCAGAGCGUUUGUGACUGGGGACUACUCUGCAGCAGGCCUCGUGGAUGAUGUAUCUGACUUGUCAUUUUCUGAGAUGCUGACACUUCAGAAUUGGCUUUCAUUCUAUGAGAAGAAUUACGAAUUCGUUGGACGGGUGAUAGGAAGGUUCUACGGAGAGGAUGGGCUGCCUACCCCAGAACUGACCCGGGUAGAAGCCAUGAUCACCAAAGGCUUGGAGGCCCAUCAAGAGGAACUGAAAGAGAAGCAGAAGUUCCCACCAUGCAAUGCCGAGUGGAGCUCAGCCAAGGGCAGCCGGCUCUGGUGUUCCCCAAACAGUGGAGGUGUGAGCAGAGACUGGAUUGGCGUCCCCAGGAAGCUGUACAGGCCAGGUGCCAAGGAGCCCCACUGCGUGUGUGUGAGAACAACUGGCCCCCCUAGUGACCAGACAACAGACAACCCUAUACAUAGAAAUCGUGGGGACUUGGACCACCCCAACUUGGGGGAAUACACAGGCUGCCCACCCCUAGCCAUCACAUGCUCCUUCCCACUCUAAGCUGAUGCCCUGUAUGUUGAUAACACACAGAGAACCCGGCCUAGAACCCUCAGAGGCCCUUGACUCACGUGCCCUAGGAUGUUCCUGACAUACAACAAGAGGGCCUGGAAACACUCUGAUCAUGCUCUGCAAAUGUGACUCAUGCCCCCACCAUGGGCUCACCAUUCUGUGACUGAGGCUAGAGCCUGGCAACCUGCCUAGUACUGGUCAGCCUGUUUUUGCCACUGUCUGCCUAGAUCCACUUGCCGUUCUUCAGAGCCCUCAGAUAUUAAUGGGCACGAAUAUGACCAACUCGAAACUAACUGGGCAGACAAGCAAAAGGGCUCUGAACUCCCACAGCUUCAUUCCCAGACUCCCAGGCUGCCUGGAUCACCUGCCUAUAACUCCUGACCUGGUCACGGCAUCAGGGGCACUGGCAAAAAGGGACUUUGUCCCUUUACAACUCAGAAACAAGAGCUGCAUAAAUUCACAGCAUCAACAGACCUCUGUUCCGUGUUCCUCACUGGCUAAACUUGUGACCCCUAACUUUUAUAAGCUUUCUUAUAUGUAAGACCUCAACCCUAAGGCAAACUUGAAUUUACAACCAAAAGUCACACAGAGUUGAUUGAACCUGCGCCAAGACAGUGAGAAGUGACGAUAAAAUAGGAGAGUCUAAUUCUGGAAAUGGAAAUGCUUUUGCUUAGAUCCAGCAAAUCCAGAUACCUCUGAACAAAGCAACAAUUUGAAGCUAGGAUAUUGUUUCUCUUUUAAACACUUAAAAUUAGGUGUGGUGUGUUUUCAAAGGGAGAGGUCUGCAUUUUGAGCAAAAGGUAGUUUCACAGCUCUCACAAGAGGACUGGCUAAUGCAGCGUCCAAUCUGGGCAAGCCUGCACACGCCAGGACACACAGCCUUGGCCUAGCGGUGCUGGGCUCGCACCUUUUCCAGUGGAUCCUGUGUCCAAGGUCACCUGUAAUCUCCUACACUUGACAAACUGCAUGCCCAUGACCUCUUGGAUUCUUAAGUAGUUGGAGGCAGGAGUAUUCCUCCUUUACAGAUAAGGAGAUGCAGACAGUCCAUGUCUCUCCUCUGAGCCUUCCCCUCAGCUGCUGUUCCCGGCCCCUCAACUCUUAUCCUAGAAAUUCUCUAUCCUUCUUCCUUUCUCCUUUUUUCUCUCCUUUAUCAUUCAUCUCACUAAAUAGCUUUCCAGAUUCACUGACUGGAAAAUGGAGGCUGCCCCCACUUCACUUGCAGACUCAUAGCUCCCUGCCCUGUGGCCACAGUGUUCCUGACGCCUGGACUUGACUCUUGCCUCCUUUGCCACCCCAAGAUCUCCUCACCUGCCCUUCUAGUACAUGUGACCUCUCCCUGCCUCCUGGCUCUUCCCCCUAAGCAAGCAUUAAACAGCUCACUUCCCUCACAUCAUAAAUACACUCUCCCUCAACGCCACAUUCCUCCGGAGCACCCUAUCUACGUCCUGUCACGGCUAAGCUUUUUGAAAAUGCUGUGCAUACUCACCAUCUUUGCUCCUCAGCCCCAUUUACUGGGCAGCACAGCUGCCUGGCUUCUGCCCUUCUCUGCUCAACAGCAGGAUAAACUCUGUGUUGGCAAAGCCCACGGCCACACUCAGUUAUCACCUACCUGGACCUGUCACAGUCGAGGCCUCCACAGAACCCUCCCUUGCCUUUUCUCCCUCAGGCCUUUCCUUCUCAGUCUCCUUGAAAGCCGCCUCUCCUCUGUGAACUCCUUCCCACCAGCUCUCCUCACACCAGCUUAGACCACCAAAUCUGUGUCCAGUCCAGGCGGCUUUCCUGGCAUUUUGGUGGGCACCUCCAACUCCACACUUCUGGCGUUCAGUCUUCACCUGCUCCCUCGUGAUUCUUCUAGUUCCCCUGGUGAUGGUUCCGCCUGGCAACAUCCUGGCAAUCAUCCACAACGCCUUCCUCUCCUGUUCCCUUCUCCCGUCCAGUCCCCAAGUUUUGGCCAUUCUACCUGCUUAUUCUCUCCUCCCUAUUCCCUCUUGUCUGUCCCCAGCACUCCUCCUCUGGUUUAGGCUGUCAUUUCCCACCCAGAUUGUUGCAGGAAUGGAACUGCACUCCCUCCUUCCAGUCCACCCCCCCGCCCCCCCGCCAGCUAUGUUUGCCAUCAGGGCAUUCCCCACUUAAGCCUCCUCAGUGGCUCCCCAUUUCUGUAAGGAGCAAGUGCUCACUCUUCAGCAGCGCGGCACACGAGGUCCUUCUACGGUCAUCUCCUCUCAGCGUCUGUCUCUCCCGCCACAGCCCCAGGCGCCGCUCCCUCCAGCCUCCAUCUCACUGCAUUAUGCCUCCAUCUCACUGCAUUAUGCCUCCACGGCCCUCAGCCAGGCUGGCCCUUCUGCCUGCAAUGACCCCUCUUCCUCCGCUCAACGUGUCCACCUCUCUUCUCUUCAAAACUCAGCCCAAUCAGCACCUCUUGGGAACCUUCGUUAAUCGCUGGCCCGCCAGUUGGGUUUAGAUGCACUUCUCCCUAGGUCCCCGUAACACCCUGUGUUUGCGUCUAAAAUAGCAAAGAUCACAGUGUUCUGUGACCACGAAUUUCCUGUCAGCCUCUUGCACUGGACUGCAGACCCUUUGAGGACAGGAACCAAGAGGCAUUGAGCUGUGUACCCCCAUAUCCACUGUACUAGCACGUGCUAAGUGCGCAGUUAGUUCUUAUUUUGGAGAUGAGGCAACCAAGGCCCAAAGAACUUAAUAAGGACACAAAUCAAUGGAGCUGAGCCUAGAACUCAAGAUUCUCGUCCAGAUUCACAGUGCUAUUUUCAACUCCUUCAUAGUUCAGUGUGUCUCUGCCCUCCCUGGAGCAGGAGCAAACAGAAAGGAGAGCUGAAAUGAGGACCUUGUUCCAAGUUCCACCCAGCCGUUGAACUCGGUGCCUGAGGCAUCCCUGGUAACUGGCAGCAGCCCUCAGCUCCAGGCUAACUGGGACCUAGUCACUGUCACUGCUCUGGUUCUUAGUCACUCAACAGAUAUUUACCAAGCACCUGUGUGCCAUGGGGCAGGGGCUGGGGGAAGGCGAGGCCGCUGACCUCAAGGAGCUUACAGUAUGGCAGAGGAAACCCCUGGUGGGAGCACUCAGAGGCCAUUCCUGGGGUAGGAAUGCAGGGAUAGUCUGGGGCCAGGUCCAGAGAUGUUCAGACCUUUCCAAAAACAGGCUGAAAAAGAAAAGGAGCAAAACAAGGCCCACUUACUGUCAUCCCAGCCAAGUAUGGACUUGGGAGGCUCCUAGAGGGGCCUCAUCUGACUGAUACGAGACCCUUGAACUGCAGGACACAGUGCAGGACGCACUCAGCCAGCCCCAGCAGGUUGCUCACCGCCUUGCUCAAUGAGAAUUCAUUUCCUCUUUGACGCCAACCACUUACUUCAUAGUAAAAAGCCUCUUCACAUCGGGGCAGUGGGUGAAUCUUCAAAAGGAUUCAGCAAGAGUAGGUUUAAUGGUCAUUUUAAUGGUCCGAAGAGGUCAGCCAUGAGAAGCUAGUGGUUACUGGAGGAAUGCCUCUAGUUUCUCCCUCCAGUAGAAGUGGCUCUGGGCAAAACUAUGGAGGAGGAAGGCAGCCCUCUCUGAUGGAAGCCACAGAAAGUUCAGCUUGGGCAGUUAAGACUGGCAGUUAAGGCUGGCAGAGGGAAAUGAAGCAAACUAGUAUGUGUUGGGCAAUUAUGCUGGGCAGGACCUUCACCUCUUCUCAUUUAACCUCUAUGCCAGCCUUGAGAGGGUCUCAUUUUAUGGUCCAGAAAAGGGCAUAAAUCUCCUCCCCCACAUCUUCUACUGGUUACAACAGACAUCGCACAACAGAGCUGAGCUUUUAUCCCACGUCUGCUCUCUCUGCCGUACAUACCAGAGUUCAGUGUUAAAGCUAAGGCCGGGCAGCUGCCCUCCAUCAUGCCGAAGGAAACUGUAACAUCUGCCUUUUCAUUCUGAGAUUCCUUUUUCUAUAAACACAGAACUAAGAGCAAAGAGCCUGGGAGUUUUUGCUCACAGCUCAACUGUACAGCAAAGGGAGCCGUAUCAGACCACCACACCCAUCCCUUGCUGCUUGGCUCCAGGACAAGCUGUGAUCUGAAAGACAUACCCUAUGAACAGGCUGGAGAUGUGUCUGUUCACAAUCUGUGGGAGGCUGGCCCGGUGGUGCAGUGGUUAAGUUUGCACUUUCCGCUUCUCGGCAGCCUGGGGUUUGCUGGUUCGGA